UCAUAUGUUUUGAAAUUUAGUUUUUCAUCACAUUUCACGUGUCUUUAGUUUUGUUGACAUCGAUGUCAUCACCGAAAACACCAACAAAACAAUGAGUUCUUCAGAUCCCAGAAGACGCGUCUGUGUCUGUGUUUUAGGUGAUAUCGGCCGAAGUCCACGAAUGCAAUACCACUCGAUAUCUUUAGCUCAAAAUGGUUUGGCCGUCGAUUUGAUCGGAUUUGAAGGUUCAAAACCACAUCAAGAGAUUAUCACUAAUGAUAACAUUGAUUGUCAUUAUAUGAGACAAAUUCCUCAAUGUUUUAAUAAUUUGCCUAAACUUCUUGUCUAUGCAUCGAAAGUCUUGUGGCAGUCGAUAAUACUUUUGUAUUGUUUAAUGUCUUUAACAAAAUCUGAUUAUAUAUUAGUUCAGAACCCGCCAUCUGUUCCAACUCUGGCCAUCAUUUGGAUUGUUUGUCGACUUCGUGGCUCUGUUUUUGUUAUUGAUUGGCAUAAUUAUGGAUUUACUAUAUUAGGACUAACAUUGGGUGACAAUCAUAUACUGGUUAAGACAUGUAAAUGGUUUGAGAGCUACUUUGGCACCAAAUCUGAUCACAAUUUUUGUGUAACAAAAGCAUUAAAGAAUGAUUUGAAGAUUAAAUACAACAUUAGAUCAACCGUUUUAUACGACAGACCGCCUGAUAUCUUUCGGACCAUUUCUUUGACAGAAAAACAUAAUUUAAUUCAGAAAUUAAAAACAGAAUACAAUGAGUUUAUGGGAAGUGAUGAAAAUGAAACCAUUUUUACAAAAUAUGAUACAAUAACUGAUAAAAUAUCGUUGAAUACCAAUCGACCGGUAUUUAUAAUGAGUAGCACGAGUUGGACAGAAGAUGAAGACUUUAAUAUUUUGUUUGAAGCACUGGAACUCUACGAUAAUUGUGCUAAAAAGUCAAAUAAAUUACCGCAAUUAAUAUGUGCUGUCACUGGAAAAGGUCCGCUUAAAGAAUUUUAUAAAAGAAAAAUUGCCGACAAAGACUUUAAGUCAGUUAAAGUGAUAUUUCUUUGGUUGACAGCACAGGACUAUCCAACACUCGUCGCCAGUGCUGAUCUCGGUAUAUGCCUUCAUAAGUCUUCCAGUAAUUUUGAUUUACCGAUGAAAGUGGUAGACAUGUUUGGCUGUUGUCUACCUGUCUGUGCCUUUGAUUACGAUUGUAUCGAUGAGUUGGUAAUUAAUAAAACCAAUGGUUUGUUAUUUAAGACUAGUCAUCAAUUAUGCGAUCAUUUGUUAAAACUUUUUGAGAAUUUUCCUGAAGAAAGCAAAGACUUGAAGUCAUUCCGCAAUCAUUUAAAUGAAAACUUUUUGAAAUAUCGUUGGACUGACUGUUGGAAUCAAAACGCUUUACCUAUAUUUUCAUAA